AUGAAACCCCCAAAUAGCCAGAAGUUCCGAGUAUUUGAGAUGAAUUUUGAGCGAAUUGUUUACUGCUGUGUAUUGGCUUACUUUGUGGUAUCCUCCAUGCCACACUGGUCUCGUACCGAUGGCCUGUUUGACCUGUCCGAAUUGUGGGAUAACCUCAUUGAAUUUGGCAAGGAGGAUCCCGGUUUCCGCAAACGAACAGAGAAGGCUUGGACAAAGGACGUGUUCGGUAAUGCUGCACGUGCGAAGAAGAUCGACACUUCUGGGCCGACAACAACCAUUGGUCUCAUCAAAGCCCGACGUGCUGAGCGCCAAGCCCGUGAACGUGCUGAGCGUCGAGCUCAGGAGAAGGAGAAGCAGAGAAAAGCUGACGCUGUUCGAAAUCAGGAACACGAUUCCGCUGCCGACCGUUUUUCAGUGCAGCAACCCCGGUCUCGUCCACGUUCAUCGCAACAACCACCUUCGUCCCCACGUCUCCCAUCUUCGUCUCAACGUCAAGCGGAGAAGGCCCGUUACCGUCCAUCAGACGAAGAUGACAAUGCCAACGACGAUGAGGAUCCCGAAGCAGAGCAAGAGAGUUUUCCUGAUCAGGUUCAUACGUCAGAUACUCGUUCGAACGGUGGUUCUCAAACUUAUGAAGAUCCGUCAGAUCCAUCCACGGACGAGACCAUGUAUGAUCAUCACCUCUCGAAAAAUGAUGGUACACCCUAUUUCUCUUCGUUCACCAUUGAGUAUGGUCUUGCUACCUUUGAGACAGACCACUACGAUGCGGACGGGGUGACUGAGGCACCGAACAUUGACGCCUUAGACGAACAACAAAGCACUGAGCCCAAGGAUAUCACUGAAACUGUAGAGGCUCGUCAAGUUGAGGAUGGCAGAUCUGAGCAACACAGACAAGGUGAACGCCCACUGGCACCUCACAAAGGGAACAAGAAGGCCAAGGCCAAACCGACCCCUAUUCACUCGCAUACCGAAGACGAGCCUUUAACUAUGGCAGAUGAAUACCACAUGCAGAUUGGUAGGCCCAGGACAGAUCCACUCGCCCGUCAAACGCGAGCUUCAACACUGGCUACCACUGUCUCACAGCCGAGCCGGCCUCCGAAAGCUCGCAUGCUCCCAAAGAAGAUGCCAGACCCACCAUUAGUCGUCGACUCACACGAUCCGACCGUUUGGGAAACCUCAGGUCCGCUGGGAAAGCGUCGGCGUGAUGAUGAUGGACUCGGAUCUGAUUCGCCUUUGACUGAUGUGACGGUCUCUCCAAGGCCGAAACUCCCUUCAUCGAAGAAGCUACGGAUGCCUAUGGACAUCGCGCUUGUGGCGCAGUUCAUUCAAUUAUUGAUCCGUAAAAGUAUCAAGAAAUAUCACCCGUAUCCCCAUGAGCUCCUCCACAACAUAGAUCUAUAUAGUGCCGCCGUCGGACAGGACAUAGCACUCGAAGUGGCACUUCACGGUCUCCCCUCUCGCCACAUCGAACACCAAACACUCACAAUCUAUGUGCCCAAUCUCGCUCUAGAAGUAUUUUGCAAAAUAUUCUUCGAGAAGGACUACAUCGACCUAGUUGAGUGGCGGAGCCCGGAGGGAGAAACGGCAGAGCGAGGACUUGGAGGAUAUGCAUACGUGGGACGUCUCCGCGACGUCCCUCCCCACGCAUCCAGAAUCAAGAGGCUGAUUCAUCCCGGUACACACCGUCGAGUCGACAUCAUCGAGAGCCGCAGCGCUUAUUCGACGGAUCCCCUUCGCCUGUCCUUGACAACCGCCCAUUACACCUUCUUCACGGCUCACUCCAUCUGCAUCGCAUACCCUCGACUUACCCUUCGGCUUCACGCCAUCGCAAACGGCAAUGUGCAACAACAGCAUGGUGUUGCUCGCUCGAUUUCACAGUGGACACUUUUGGGGGCGAGGGGUUUCUCGUUCGAUUGGUGGGGGUACAAUCAGCAGACGUGUAACAAGCUGCUGCGACAUGUUUGUGGUACACGAACAUUUUUUGAUGCUGGGUGCCUGUCGUUUACAUAUUUGGGGGUCGAGAAUGUAGCGGUGAAAGCAGAAUGGAAUUGGAUCGCACCCAUAGCAUAG